CCCAUUUGUAAUUUUCAUAAAAAUUGUUUGCCGACAGUCUGGUGACAAAUUCGUUAAGUUUUAGGGCAUAUAGUACGUAUGGAUGGUUAAGUAUUAGUGAGGAUGUCGGAGCAAGAUAAAAAAAGUGGCGGGAGUGGGGGUUCUGUGGUGAUGGUGGAGAAGUCUGCUUCGAGCAGGCACAAGCCGUAUCGCCCCACGGAGUUGCAGGACGAGCCCGCGCCGGACUUACACAAGCGCUCCAAAGCGCCGGCGGUGCCUUCCGUGGCAGAAGAACUGAAAGAUACAACCGUUUCCGAGACACCCGCCACAGUAGACCGAAUGGAAUGCGAGCGCGCUAUGUCCUCUGAAAAACACAUGCAUGUGCCGAAGAACAUAUCCUCCACAGGCAAGAGACGAGGCAACUCGCCGGAGGAGAUCACAAUGGUCUCUCUUGAUGCUAAUAAGAGAGAUACUAUCGCACCACCAGCGCCAAUUCCUGUCCAAGUUGAAAAAGUAGUCUCUGAGGCCUCAGGCCUGGAGGCCGUCGGGAAGAUGGACGAGGAGAAGAAGGCAGACGACGACAGCAUAACAGAGGAAAUUACAGACUUGCGGACCCCCGAAGCGGCGGUCAAAGAACACUCUGAAUGGUCCGACGAUGAAGAGGCGGGCGGGCUGCCGCGCAGCGAAUCGCGCGCGUCGCGCGUCUCCCGCGCAAUGCGCCAGCUGUUCUGCUGCGGCGUCGCACACCAUGCCCCCUCCGAAGAGGAGAUCCCACCCCGUGAAUUCAGCGCUCUCAACGCGAAAUCAAUAAGGACUAUGAAAGAAGAGUUUAAUCCCAUACAGUCAGUAAUUGAUUUUAAUGUUUCCAAGAAAGCGGUUUCAAAGUCUACACCUCACAUCAUCAGUACCAAACAAGUUCCCAAGAAAACGCCAAUGAAACUGGAGAAGGAAGCUUUAAAGCCAUCCUACUCGGCUAAUAUAAAGAAAAAGGAAAUUUCUUGGAAGGAUAGCGAAUACUUGGACAAUGUGCGACUUGAAGAUUUGAACGCCAAGAGUCAAGCUGCUAUUCUGGAGAGGAAGCCAUCAAUUGGUCCAUGUUUCAAGCCUAGAAUGCUCUAUGGAGGCCCAUCUGGUAUUACUGUCUGUGUGCCGAAGAAAUCAAUAAGGACUAUGAAAGAAGAGUUUAAUCCCAUACAGUCAGUAAUUGAUUUUAAUGUUUCCAAGAAAGCGGUUACAAAGUCUACACCUCACAUCAUCAGUACCAAACAAGUUCCAAAGAAAACGCCAAUGAAACUGGAGAAAGAAGCUUUAAAGAUUGAUGAUGAUCAACAGCAUAUCAAGUUUCUUGGUGUUCUUCGAACUAAACUGGACAAUAUGAGUGGCAGAAUCAGAAAUUUACUUAACAUGUGA